AUGUGGUGGACGAAGACCCGUGGUGCCGGCCAGGCCGCUGGUUACACCCAGCUGCUUCUAGCCGCCACCUUCAUGAUGAUGCUCAACGUUAUGGCAGUUCACAGUCUAAUCCACUCACCACCCCGCAUUAUCAAACAACCACCACCGGACGAGAUGCUGUUCCAGGUGGCGCAACAAGGCGAAAGUGACAAACCAUUCCUCAUCGAAUGUGAAGCUGAAGGCGAACCGACACCCAAAUAUCGCUGGAUUAAAAACGGCAAAAAGUUCGAAUGGCAAACGUACGACGACCGAAUGUCUCAGCAGCCAGGGCGUGGCACGCUAGUCAUCACGUCACCACGAGAUGAGGAUCUCGGUCAAUACCAGUGCUUUGCAGAGAACGAACACGGUACAGCCACGUCCAAUUCAGUGUUCGUGCGCAAGGCCGAACUCAACUCCUUCAAGGAUGGCUCACCACAGACGUUGCAAGCGGAUGAGGGCAAACCGUUCAAGCUAGUGUGUCAGCCUCCAGACGGCUGGCCGAAACCGAACGUGUACUGGAUGAUCCAAAACAUGGAUGGCGGCAUCCGCAGCAUCAACAACUCGCGCAUGACGCUCGACCCAGAGGGCAACCUGUGGUUCUCGAACGUUACACGCGAUGACGAAUCGAACGACUUCUUCUAUGCGUGCGCGGCAUCGUCCGUGUUCCGCAGUGAGUACAAGAUCGGCAACCGAGUGUUGUUGCAGGUGAAGCAGACUGGCAUUUCGGCGGCACAGAACCGACACCAGCCUCAUCGCCAGUAUGUUUCGCGCAAAAACGAGGUGGCGCUGAAGGGCAAACAGGUGGAGUUGUUCUGUAUAUAUGGAGGCACACCACUGCCAGAAACGGUAUGGACGAAGAAUGGUCGCGCUAUUAUCUGGAACGAUAAGAUCCAGCAGGACAACUACGGCAAGUCACUUAAGAUUCGACGCGUCUCCUCGGAAGACGCUGGCACCUACACGUGUGAGGUGUCGAACGGUGUCGGCAAUGCUGACUCGUACUCGAUCAACCUGGCUGUAAAUGCCGUUCCGUACUUUACCGUUGAGCCGGAGAUAGUGAAUGCUGCCGAAGGAGAGACAGCCGAGUUCCAAUGUAAAGCAGCCGGUGAUCCCAGCCCAAAUAUCGUAUGGAUCCACAACGGACGCCCAAUAGACCAAAGCCAACGUAAUCCGCGACGAAUUGUCGGUACCAACAGCAUUCGCUUCUCCAAACUGGCUAAGAGCGAUACCGGAAAUUACGGUUGUAACGCAACCAACUCGCUCGGUUAUGUGUACAAAGAUGUUUAUCUUAAUGUGCUGGCACUGGCACCAGAGAUUACCGAUCCACCGAAGCGCGAGUUUACAGUCGAUCAGCGUAACGUGACUAUGACCUGCCGUGUGUUUGGUGCUCCGAAACCGCAGGUCAAAUGGCUGCGCAAUGAUCGCGAAUUGACUGGCGGUCGCUACCAGAUCAUGCCGACUGGCGAUCUCUUCAUACGGAAUGUGAAAUUCGAUGACGCUGGCGAAUAUACGUGUCACGCGUUCAAUAAUCUCGGCACAAAGACAGCGUCAGGUGAGUUGAUCGUGAAGGAGCAUACGGUUAUCAACGAUCCACCGCAGGACUACGAGGUGCAAGCGGGAACAACGGCAACAUUCCGCUGUAACGCCGUGGCGGAUUCAUCGCUGGAGCUCACGAUCGAAUGGCUCACUAAAGGUGAACUGAUCGACUUCGAAAACCAGCCACGCUUCAUCCGCACGUCGGACAACUCGUUGAUGAUCUCGAAAACUAUUGAGUUGGAUACUGGUACCUACACGUGUUUAGCACGCACUGAUCUGGACGAAGUGAUGGCGAACGCAACGCUAACCGUCAUGGACAGGCCCAAUCCACCAUCCUUGAUUAAACUUACAUGCUCAGAAAAGACGGCCAGGAUUCAGUGGGUGUCCAACGGAGACAAUCGAUCACCAAUUUUGUUUUACACCAUCGAGUAUAAUACUUCUUUUACGCCAGACUCCUGGAGCGAAGCAUGGAAAGAAGUACCUGGUACCGAUCUGGCCUGGGUAGUAACCUUGACUCCCUGGAACAACUACACUUUCCGCGUGAUUGCUGUCAACAAGAUUGGAAGUUCGCUACCAUCGGGUCACAGUGAGGUUUGUACCACCUCGUCGAGUGUGCCUUACAAGAAUCCGGACAAUUUGGAGGGUGAGGGCACGGAACCGAACAAUCUCGUUAUCAAAUGGAACCCGAUGGCGGAAGUAGAUCACAAUGGACCUGGCUUCCACUACCGCGUUUACUGGCAACGGGACGACGUACCAAGUGCUCCCUGGAACUCGGUAGACGUGCGAGAUUGGCGGCAAUCCUCCUAUACUGUUGAAGGGCUGCCUACCUUCACUCGAUAUCUCAUCAGGGUGGUAGCGCUGAAUGACCGUGGUGAGUCCAAUUCAGGUCCAUGGCAAAAAUACGUGUACUCGGGCGAAGACAAACCUCUGGAAGCUCCAACGAAUUUUACGCUCAUCCAAGUAACUGGUCCGACUACGGCCAUUUUGAGCUGGAACCCAGUAGACCCCAAUUCACUGCGAGGUCACUUUAAGGGUUAUAAGAUCCAGACUUGGACUGAAGCGGACGGUGAAGAAAAUAUGCGCGAGAUUUUGAUUACUUCAGAUUCCAAACAAGCGCUAGUUACCGACUUUGUGCCCGAUUCGACCAACUACGCCCGCAUCCUCGCCUACAACGGCCGAUACAACGGUCCUGCUAGUACGACGCUUUCUUUCGACACCCCUGAAGGAGUCCCCAACACGAUUCAAGCGCUUGAGGCUUAUCCCCUUGGAUCAUCUGCCUUCCUGUUGCGCUGGAAGAAGCCGUUGCAACCGAACGGAAAGCUUACUGGCUACCGAAUGUACUACGAGGAAGUAAAGGGCACCACGGUGGGUCCACGCAUGGAACGCGAGCCACACAUUUCAGAUCCUGCAGUGUUAGAGGCUAAGUUGGGUCGUCUCAAGCCAAGCGUCAAAUAUCGUAUUCAUGUGGUUGCCACGACCAAAGCUGGUGAAGGACAAGACUUCUACAUCGAGCGAGCAACUUCGACUGGAGUAGGAAUGCCUCCGGAUGUACCUAACUUUUACUGGGAAAACCUGCAUUCGGACAAUGGGCUUGCGAACAUCAAGGUUGUGUGGCAGCCAGCGCUUGGCGGCAAGGCCGGUUCACACUUCUACGUAAAGUAUCGUGUUAAGGAUGAAUCCAGCUGGCAAACAACCGAUCCAGAAUUAUACGAAAAUUACCUCGUAGUGCAUGGUAUCAAUCCAGAUCAUUUAUACGAGUUCCGCGUUGUCUCUGUUGACGGCGAGUAUCAAACUGAAUCCCAAACACAGGAAAUUGACACUUACGGAAUCGAGAGCUCCGUCAAGGUGCCAGGCGAUAACAUUGCGACGGCAGGCUGGUUCAUAGGCAUGAUGCUGGCGAUCGCUUUCCUCAUUUUAGUUCUGAUCAUUAUAUGUAUUGUGAAACGCAAUCGCGGUGGCAAGUACGACGUGCACGAUCGCGAGUUAGCGAAUGGCCGUAACGAUUACACUGAAGAGGGCGGCUUCCCAGAAUACUCGCAACCUGUUUUACGUGAUUACAGUUUGGACAAUAAAAGCCAGGGCCGACAAUCGCUGAACUCGCAAAAAGUAGGACCGGAAAGUGAUACAGAUUCCAUGGCGGAAUACGGUGAAGGUGAUACAGGUGGUCAGUUUACGGAAGAUGGCUCAUUCAUCGGCCAGUACGUCCCGGGCAAGCCACCGGUUAGUGCCCAGUCCACACCACAAAAUCCAUCGUUACAAGGUGCUAAUGCUGGUAUGGCAACGUACGUCUAAGGAAGUGGAACCAAGAACCCAUCGACACCAUGAAGCCGAUGGAUGCGAUAUGCCACCACGCAGUAUAUUAUGAAAUGCGUCAUAAGAGCGUAACCUCUGUAAAGCGAAUUGAAGGAUAAAGGAUACUGGCGAAGCAACAUCAAUGCUUUGGCAGCACUGCUUAGUUCGAUUCUUAGUAUUAAAGUCAUAGCAGAUUUAUUUUCUACUCGUCAUUUAGCAUUCUGAAACGUGCUGGAAUAGAAUUUUAAUUUCCUUGCGCGAAUCAUAUACGCCUCUCGGCUUUUCUUUAUCGGUUUUGUUAGCAGUCACUAGAGGAAGCGUUAGAAUUUCAUGGUGAAUAUGAAUUAUAAUAAUAAUCAGCUGCUAAGCACUAAAAAACUGGCAAUGAAUUGUCAGAGAAAGAACGUCCGAUACAAACCAAGAAUCUCGAUCGAAUUAUACUGCAGUGCUUCUAAAGCAGUGAUGUUCCCGUAGGAUUUUUUUUAAUAAUGUCGAGCGUUCAUACUCUAGAUAUUUUUUAGUUUGGAAACAAUAUUUGUUCUAUAAGCAACGGAAAGUAAAACAGACGAAUUCUUUAUUUUUAAACAUAAUUUAUAAUAAAGCAUUAAUAGGAACCGUGA